UGCUGCACAUACUCUGUCACUCCUCCUCAGUUCAGAAUUCAGGAGGAGGAAGGAAAAGAACCGCAAUAGAACUGCCCAUUGGUGAGUGAAGCUGGCAACGGGGCUUGGUGUAUCUUCAUUAGAGAGGUCCUUCACCAUACACCAGCGUCUUUCCCACUGGAUCGCCACCUGCUUCCACUCAGAGGUUCAAUAGCAGCAAAGAACGGAGCAACUUGCUGCAGUGGAGAGUGGCUAGCAGUUUGAACAAGCAGAGAGGAUGGCAAGCCAGCGGCACAGCCCUCGGAAGGAGCCUGAGAUCGAGCUUUUUGUGAAGGCUGGCCUGGAUGGCGAGAACAUUGGGAAUUGUCCCUUCUGCCAGCGUCUCUUCAUGGUUCUGUGGCUCAAAGGAGUCAAAUUCAACGUGACCACAGUGGACAUGACGAGGAAACCUGAAGAGCUGAAAUCUCUGGCUCCAGGGACCAACCCUCCAUUCUUAUUGUUCAACAAGGAGCUGAAAACAGACUUCAUUAAGAUCGAGGAGUUCCUGGAGCAGACGCUGGCACCUCCUAAGUACCCACACCUAAGCCCCAAAUACAAGGAGUCCUUUGAUGUGGGCAGCAACAUUUUUGCCAAGUUCUCUGCAUACAUCAAGAAUCCCCGCAAGGAAGCGAAUGAGAAUUUUGAGAAGGCUUUGCUGAGGGAGUUCAAACGCCUGGAUACCUACCUGAACAACCCGCUCCCUGAAGAAAUCGACCAGGACAGUACUGAGGAAGUCCUGGUCUCCAACAGGAAGUUCCUGGAUGGGAACAGGCUAACGUUAGCUGACUGCAACCUGCUGCCCAAGCUGCACAUCAUCAAAAUUGCUGCCAAGAAAUACCGUGACUUCGAGAUCCCAGCGGAAAUGACAGGCAUCUGGCGCUACCUCCACAAUGCCUACUCCCGUGAUGAGUUCAGCCACACAUGCCCAGCCAAUGAGGAGAUAGAACGCACCUAUGCCAGCGUUGCCAAGAAGAUGACCUAGGGGCAGCCAAACGAGCCGGUUUUUGAAACCCCUCUUUCCAUUGGAAACACUGCCGUGAAAGCUGCCUUCUUCUGAAUGGCCAUGCCAGUAGAACAGCCCAGUCCUGUCACCUGCAAACAUUUGGGGAUCUAGGAACUGGAGGAAUCAUUAUGAUGUAAUUAGUAACAGCCUUUCAGAAAAUAACCCUGUGCUUCCAGCUGCUGCAGCUACCCUCCUCAUGUGUAGAUUGACUGCACCCUGAUUUUACAGCUAUAAUCAUUGCAUGUCGCGAAAUGGCACCACCCAGCUGCCGAGGCAGCUGCUUUGUCAUUCCUUAGAGGCUAGGAUUCCCAACCUUUUUUGUGGGAUCACCAACGUUUAUUGUGCAAAACUGCGCAGAGCUGGUGACCAUGUGGCAUAGUGCGGUUUAAGUAUCCCCCUUUUGAAUCUGGAGGACGGGGUACAAAUGAUGUCUUAGAUCCCAGCAAAAUGGGUUUUCACAUAUGCAUAGAGUUUAGGCCAGAAGACACCAUCAGAUCGUCUAGACUUACCUACCCUGUAUAACACAGGGCAUUACAUUUCACCCACUUACCUCUGCUUUGAGCCCAAUCACUUGUGUUUGGCUAAAGUAUAUUUUCUGGAAAGGCAUUUGAAGACACCAAGAGAUAGAGAAUCCACCACUUCCCUGGAGCGUUUGUGCCCAUGGUUAAUCACCCUCACUGGUAAAAAGGCAUGUGCCUGAUUUCUAAUUAGAAUUUGGAGAAACUCCAUCUAAUUGCUGUGGAAAAAUAGUGUGCUCAAGAUGUGCACAGGGCUGCACCAGCGGGGGCUGCUCUAGAUGAGGAAUGAGGUACCCUGGCGGAGCUGUGUGAAGGCUCCAGCAUGGGAGGCUCUGCAAGUCACAAACAUACCAACAACAGACACUGAACUACAGUGCCUUCCCCUCCUCCAAUACCAGGUUUCCAUUGCUUCGUCUCCACUGACUUCAGCAGAGCUCCUCCUGAGGCAUGUAGGUGUAGGUUCGAGGUGGAUCAGGCUCACACAUAUCACAAUCUCAAUACAGAGCACCAGCAGCAAAGAGCCAUUUCUUAUACAAAGUUCACCCGGUAAGUGUCAGUGAUCAGCUUGGAAACUCUUGCAAGAGAUCUGCCCCGGUCUUACUGCUGGAAUGUGCACUGCUAAGACUCAGGUGCUCCAUCUCCAGAUCUCCAUGAUCCCGCGCAGCAACGCAGCUUGAUCAGGAGAGGUUCCCCUUUCAGGUACAGGCAGUGCAGGAGUUUUCCAUGAUUGGGCAGCAGACUGUGAACUUUCCCCUGAUCCCACACAAGCUGUACCCACCUGCGCAGCCAACCAGAGUGGACAAAAAUUCAUUUGCUUUCUAAAACAAAAUUAUAAUUGAUGUGCAGCGUAUCAAGGUCAAACUGUGUGUGCGUGUGCACAGAGCACCCAGGCUCACUUCCAUAGCUGGGUGAUCCUAGCGCAGUUCCACUGAAGGGCAAGACCAGCUAAGGAUCUGGCCCACAUAAGCAUGGAGUGACUGAUGCUGGCUUAAGAAGUACGACCCUUGAGGCCCUUUUCUACCACUGCAACCUUGGGGAUUGCUGCUAGCUCUGGCAUAGUCCAGGAGGCAACUGACAGAGGUUUGCUGGGAGGGGCUGGCCCAGUGCUCAUGCCAGCCCCGCCCCUUCCCAUCCAGCAUUAUCCACUCUAUGGUGUGAACUGGCUAUCUACGGGGGCCCAUGGGAUGUUGGGGACAUUUUGCAUGGCCACACUCUCCUCUCCUCCAUUAGAUUUGUGCUGCUGGGGCCUCCCGCCAAAAUCGAUAUCCAGGAAUCUGCCUCCUCCCCCCAAAUAGUACAGAAACCAGUGGCAACGUAGAUAUUCUGUAGAAUGCAAUGGCCUGCCUAUAAUGUACUGAGCGUUACAGAUCUGCACUGGGCUCUGAGAUGGUAAAAGCCCCCUAGAAAACCCACUAAGUUUCUCUCUUACUUGUACUUUUGCACUAAAAAGUGUGUACUCGCAAUUCUGCUUUUGAUAUAUUUGUUAGUUUCAUUCAAGUGAUAAUAAACUUUAUUUUAUAUACAACUUUCACAACCCGGCCCCAGACUGCUGUCCAGGAGACGCUGAGAGCUAGAGAAGGCAGUAGAGCAUGAAAAGGUGUGUGGUUGUGCUGGGAACAUGAGGAAGUGAAUAUUAAUUGCAUUUCUAAAAUAAACAGUAAUAAUAACCUCCA